AAAAAAAAAUUUCGAUAUUCGAAUUUUCCUCCAAAUCUUUCACGAGAAAAUGUCGGGACGUGGAAAGGGAGGCAAGGGAUUGGGAAAGGGUGGAGCAAAGAGGCACCGGAAAGUUCUCCGGGAUAACAUUCAAGGCAUUACCAAGCCGGCGAUCAGAAGGUUGGCUCGUAGAGGUGGCGUGAAGAGAAUCAGUGGAUUGAUCUACGAGGAGACGCGCGGUGUUCUCAAGAUCUUUCUGGAGAACGUGAUACGCGAUGCAGUUACUUAUACGGAGCACGCUAGGCGGAAGACUGUCACGGCCAUGGAUGUGGUUUACGCUCUGAAGAGACAGGGCAGGACUCUUUACGGUUUCGGUGGUUAGGAUGAACUUCCGGAUUUAUUGACGGGGUUCUGUGAAUCUCUCGCAACAUUUUGUUUUUGUAGAUGUUCUUAUGUUUCACUAUCACUCUAUCAGGAAUGUAUUUGGGCUUUUAUCUUCAA